AGAGGUAAAAAACACAGCAGCUCUGAAGGCGGAAUUCGUAAAGAAAGCUGGCUGUCGAUCAUGGAAGGAGGCGGAAGAGAGGUUUCCCCAUUUCACUGGACGCGAAGUCCUUCAGCCGUUUAUCAGCACUGUCAAAAAGGGGAAGGCAAUUGCUGAAUUCAUGGCACUCGUCGAAAGAGCCCUUCAAGCUGAAGUGGCAGAAGAAGACAACGAUCGCUCUAUACUUUCGCGCAUCAAUGGGCAAUUUUAUUGCGCAAUUUCUUCUGAGGAUCAUAAUGUCUCUGCCGUAUCACUUGAAGGAAUCCCCUUUGGUGGUGCUGAUCUAAUCAUUAUACAGAAACAGAAAAACUGGAGUGAGGAAAAAUUAAAGUCUACUUUAAGGCAGAUAUGUGGCCUGAACACAAGGCUAAAGAUGACUCACUACAUCAUUGUUGUAAGAGAAAGAGAUGAAUCCCUUACACAAACCCCGGAGGAAUGUACCCUGCGAGGGAUGGCUUACACAUUGUAUGUUGCCUGGAGUAGGAUGUCCGCUAAAGCUGGCCCUGGACUGACAGAUGUCGUCAAAAAAAAUUGUGUCAUUAUUGUUGGCACACCAUCGAAAAGUGCCACAAAUUGGUUUGUGGCUGAGAAUGAGUUGGACCUCAUGCAGCACAUCAGAAAGCUUUUCAUGCCUCCAAGAGGGAUUGUAUUAGAAUUUGGACACUCAUAUACUCUAGUGAGUUCCUGCCUGAAACCGUCGGUUGGAAGGAACAUGAACUUAUUAUCCGUAUAUAAUGACGAGAAGCCUGUUUCUGGUUUUAGGAAAGAAGCUGUCACACUGAGCUGUUCAGCAUGCGAGGGAUCAGGGUCUAAAGAUAACGACAAGUAGAGAAAUUGCUUUGCAAGACAAUCGUACUGAAUGUAGAUUUAUGAUCCCUUCGCCGGAAAAAUUGUUUGAGUGAAAGUUUCGAACAGAUCAGUCAAGAGUCAUUUCAAUGAGGUUAACCGUUAGCCGUUAAAAAGCAAACAAAUUUCGCCACAAGGCAAAAAGUUUGAAAAUUUUUGACCGUCUGUC